CAGAAGCUAACUCUUCGUCUCUUUAGCUCUCUCUCUUUUUGUAUCUUUCUCUUUCUCUCUUCUUCCUGAUGUGAUCAUUCAUCUUCCCUAAAUAAGGAAACUGUUUUUUUAUUGACGAAAGUUCUGAAGAAAUCAUGUACUCUAAAUUUUUUCAAUCGAUACUGAAUUUUUCUCUAUUUUUUUUGGUAAAAAUCCAAAGGUUUAGAUAUCUAUUUUUCAGGUGACAUAUCCUUUGAUUCAUCUCUCUAUAAAUGUGAAGAAUACAAGUAUUUCGCUCGCAUAUGCUCUGCCGUCGUGUUCCGUAAGCCUCUGCUCUACUCCGCUGCCGUAUUCCCGUAAGCCUCUACCUUCGCCUCUGCUGUCAUCAUUGUAAUCCUUAGCUCCACCGCCGUGCUCCUGAAACCUCGUCUUCAUUCUUCUUCUCAUUUUAUAUCUAUUCGAUGUUUGAUUUGCUUCGGCACUGCGUUUGGUGAGGAAGAAAUGCGACUUACUGUUUUUUUUGUGGUUGUUUUGCUUUAUCUUUUUGUUUUUUUGUUCGUUUGAUGUGAGAAAUGGAAAAUUUGUGAUGAAUCUGAAUAACAUUAUCUAUUUUUUUCAUUUUCGUGGCUAUUAUUAGUAUGAUCCGGAGAAAAGGAUAUUAACGUCAUUACACCACCAUUCUCUUACCAAAUCUGCAAAUAUGAAAAAGUUAUGACCAUCUACCUAAUUACUGACCACGUAUAUACACCAAAAUAGGCCUAGAAUUUAUAUAUAUUUUUGUAACACUUUGGAGUCCUUUGAUGUCUUGGAGAACUAGAAAUUGGAUUAAGUUACUACUAAACCGAAGUCGUGUCAAGCAGCUCGUUUAUAACUGUAGCAAGUUGAGUGAGUAAUGACAGCUACUCUAUACAACUUUAUAGUUAUAUAUGUUUCUCAUAACACUUUUGAGUCCUUUGAUGUUUUGGAGAAACAGAGAAAUGGAUUAAGCUGCGUACUAAAACUGAAGUCGUGUCAAGCAGCUCGUUAAUAACUGUAGUAAGUUACUGAGUAAGCAUCAACGUGUCAUCUCCACACAGCCAACUCUCUCAGGAAUAUUAUUACGUCGUCUGUAUCUGUGUCGGAGCAUAAAACCAAACAAGAGCUUAAAAACCUUAGUUACAUAUCGUUUCUUUUUCUCAUUCAAAAUGGCGUCAAAGCAACAAAGCCGAGAGGAGCUUGAUGAGAAGGCCAAGCAAGGAGAGACGGUCGUCCCAGGUGGCACCGGUGGCAAAAGUGUCGAAGCUCAAGAGCGUCUAGCUGAAGGAAGGAGCAAGGGAGGGCAGACGAGGAGGGAGCAGCUUGGGCACGAGGGUUAUCAGGAGAUGGGACACAAAGGAGGAGAGACGAGGAAGGAGCAGCUGGGGCACGAAGGUUAUCAGGAGAUGGGACACAAGGGAGGAGAGACUAGGAAGGAGCAACUGGGGCACGAGGGUUACAAGGAGAUGGGACGUAAAGGAGGACUCAGUACCAUGGACAAGUCUGGUGGAGAGCGUGCGGAGGAGGAAGGGAUUGAAAUCGAUGAGUCCAAGUUCACCAACAAGUGAUACUAGCUUGCAAACUAUCUACUAGUGUCCGCUGCAACGUUUUGUAUUAUAUAGUCUUAAUAAGUAGCCUCUAGGCUCCGUAAGUUGCAGCGAGGUCUUUUGUUGUUUUAAUCUAGGAUUAAUGUAGCGUCCCUAGCUAGUCUUAUUUUCAUGUGUCAUAUAACUAUGCAUGGCUUGUACUAACGGCAGUGUUGUACCGCUCUGGAAGUUUUUUGAAGUUUUGGUGAGGGUACA